AGAACAACAGCUCCGUCACCGCUGUACACCAUGUCCGAUAUUUUUGGCAAUUUAGACAACUUCCUGGAGAAUUACGAUGAAAACAAUCUAUCGUCAAUCAGUGGCUUGUCCGAUGCAGGAAUCGUUGACGCAAACGAGACUUUAGAUGGCGACCGUUUUGGCAAGCAAAAUACAAGCUCUGAUACGAAAAACAUUCCUACAGCCAGAAGAAGCAGAGGAGCCGGUAGAAGAUCUUCUCAACCAAAUAAAGGAAACAGUGGUGAUGCUAGUUCUGGAACCGACAGUACGGCAUGCAGCGUUGUUCCAUCUGUAGUUCCGGCAUCGUCCCAUACUGUUAUUGACUUGGUCUCCAACGUCACUGUAGAAGAGGAAAUGCAAUCGCUCUCUACGUUAUUCCAGUCUAUUUACAACUCUAAAAAUCCCGUUGUGGAAGUACUCCUGAAGGAUGGUAAUGCACCGCAUAUUAAACGAGGCUUUACAAUGCUUAAAAAUAGCUACAAUAGAAAACCACCCGUAACAGCGAAUGAUGUGAAAAAGAUAAGAAAAAAAAUAGAUUCAGUGAGAAAUAACCUAAAUCAGCUAGAUCAAACAAUCAAAUCUGUGAUAGGUUCAACUAAAGAACAUCAAGCUCCAUCACGCUCUAGCCGUCGAACAAAAAACACCACUGGAACAACACAAGCACCGAUUACGAUUUCACUAGAUUGUGACGAUGACUCAGCAGCGAUACCGUCAAGCGUCUUUCCGUAUAAUAGGCGUGUUACACGUCGUAGCACGGCUGCUAACGCUUUAACGAAGAUAAACAUAGAUUUGGAUGAUGAUGACAGCCUAUUGUGCUGCGAUGACUACCCGGAAAGGGCAAAUAAUUCGUUUGAAACGGAAAACUAUGAGAUACGAGUCAAAGUCAAGUGGGGCCAAGGAAUAGAGACGUUCGUGCAUCGAAGGUUUCAAAAGUUUGCCGAUAUAAUUGCACAGCUGGCCACCAAGGAGUCGGCCGAUAGUGCAUGCAUUUUCUUGAACUUGGACGAUCGAAUAGUGCACCCGCACGACACGCCUGAUUCGAUCAGCUACAAAUCGCAUCAGUUUAUAUCUGGUCGCAUUCUCAGGAAUAAAGCACCUCUGCUUCCAAGCGCUACUGCAUCCUCGGCAACGACCAAUAACACCAUCACUUUAAAGGUGCAGAUGGCAACACGAAAGCAACCAUUACUGUUUCAGAUGGAAAAAAGUCAAACCAUGUCUGUGCUGGUGAUCAAAUGUGCGGAAGAGCUACAAUGUGAACCGAAAGACAUUAAAUUGUACUUUGACGGCGAGCUGGUGGAAAACAGUUACAAUCCAAAGGAUUUGGACCUGGAAGGGGGGGAGGUCCUGGAUAUUUGCUUUGUACGAUGA